AUGGGUGUUGCAUGGGUAUUUGAAACUGACAAAAGUGCUCAAAGUAUUGAACGUGCUAUCGAGGGAGAAGGUGGUACAAAGUGUGGUGUUUUCACAGUCGAUUCUACACCAUUCAAACCGAAUGAUAAUGUUCAAGGGGCCAUCAAUCAUGUAUUUAUUUUGCAUCAUUCGCGUUUUCCACAAAGUACUUUCACGAUAGCACCCAAUGAUAAACAAAAGAGUUGUCCACGUGCCAUAUCUGAUCGAGGAUUCGAUUGUAUUUUGGCUAAACUUAGUUCUGGACUAGUUCAAGAUUCUGCGGGAAAAUUUGAAGUUUCUGGUCAUGAAUACAGUUUGCAAGAUUUUAUGAUACGAACUGGAAACGCAUCGAUGGGAGUAAUCAGUAAAGGUGUUAUUGUUGAAGUAGAAUAUGCACCAUCUUGUGUAGCAUCACAAUGCGGUAUUUUUUUGCAAGAAUUUGUCGCAACAUUUUUUCCAAACCAUAUUGCUAAUAAGCCCUCUGUUUUACAGAAGGCUCAGCCAGAACCAUAUAGUGCUCUUGAUACCAUGUAUCAGUAUUUAGAUAUUUUUCAAAACAUGAGGAAAAAAACAUGA